UUGAUCGGAUCAAUGCUUGAAUAUGCUGGCACAGAUCAAAGACAAGAUGAUUUAUUUUCAAACGAGAGCAUAUUUUCUAAAGGAAAAAGUGCAUUCAAAGGGCUAAAGGGUGUAGAGAAUGUAUAUACACAACAUUCACCUCAUUUGGCACAGACUCUCGAACAGUUAAUAAAAGGAAAAUUGAAAGAAACCAGCUAUCCAUUUAUUGGUGGUACAACAAAAGAUAGACCACAAGAUAUUAUUAUAUUUAUGAUCGGAGGAACCACGUAUGAGGAGGCACGUCACGUCGCUCAUAUAAACGCAACAACUCCUGGAGUUAGAAUUGUAUUAGGUGGAACUACGGUUCAUAAUAGUGACAGCUUUUUGAAUGAGAUUCAAGAUGCGUUUUACCGAUUUCCAACUGGAAGUCCUGCUGGUGCUAGGCCACCCAAAUUUGGAAGAAACCGACGUUGA